ACGCCUUUGCGCAACCAGUUCGUUAGGAACGCUCGUCGGGCUCAGACAAAAUUAGUGCGCUCGUUCACGUGGUGGCCUUCCUCUUAGUACCACCCCGUAGUAAAUUCCUGUGCGAUUCUGGAAUUCUUGCAGACGUCGGUGUUGCGCAAAAAGGAAACUGUGAAAUCGAUAGCUGACUCUGAAAAUUCAACGGGUAAUUUACAAUUUGGUAGCGGUGAACAGUGGUGCAUGAAAGAUUCCGGGGGAAAAGUGACGAACCUUAAAAGCAUAGAAAGGUGGCAUUGUGAUGCGUGUGUGAAAUCGAAGGCCCAUCCAAAUCGGUGAAAAUUUAUGCAUCGACACAGGCCUAUUAGAAACCGCGUAUUGUGAAUCGAAUUGGUGAGCCAGUGAGAUCAUCGCCUGACAGCAAGAAAAAUUUACGGCAAACCCAUAUUUUAUUAUAGCAUUAGUGAAUAUUGAGCAGAUCGUGCCUUCCCAUGCAGACAUCGAAUCACUCUUGUGGAAACUGGUGCAUCCAAAGUGAAAACAUUCCUCCCACGAGUACCUACCCCGAAAGCCCUUGCAUUAUCUACGUUUAGAGUCAAGGAAAACAGAUUGAAGAAAAUCAGUUACUGCAGCCGUUGCGUGAAUGUGUACAAUUUAUUUGUUUUUUCUUUCUUUCAAAACAUUGAAUUUUUUAUACAUCAGAAAGUAAGUGCUUUGGUGUGAAGGAAAUAAUACCCACCCUUUAUGUUGCAAGAUUUUUGGCUCAUCUCAUCAGCUUGGAGCAUUCGAUUCGAAGCGCGAAGGUUUCCCGUGGUUGACGGAGUGAAGUGAAAGAGAGUGACGACGAUUUCCAAACCUGUUUGCGUCCUCCAUCUUCGGGUGCUGAAACAAGUGCAACAUUAUUAAGCCGUUGCUUUAUCAAUUUUUUGUCUGGUUGGAUCAUAUUCACCAAUCUACUAACAGGUCGCAGCAUCUAUUGAAUUGUUCUGUACGUAUUGGAUGUUGUAGCACGUGAUGGAUUACACCGAAUAACAUUGAAUCAAAGUGCGACACUUCCGGCAUCCGUUGCUAUUCCUGUGCUCCUUUACUUCGUCAACGAGAUGAGAUGAUCGUGCGUAAUAUAACCGAACACAUUUGCCAUUCCAUAUACCAGCAGCGACACGAAAACUGCAUUCGACUGAAGCAAUGACUUCCUCGUAUGAACGAAUCAAAGCUGAAUGCAAGCAAAAAAAUGUCCUCUGGGAGGACGAAGACUUUCCGGCGACACAGUCGUCGGUUUUCUACCAUCAAACACCUCCCUUCACGUUCCAGUGGAAGCGACCUCAUGAGAUUACCCAGAAUCCGGUAUUUGUCAACGAUUCAUCAGCGCAGUUUGACAUUGUACCGGGAAAAAUGGGGGAUCGAUGGCUAGUGAGCUGUCUUGGUGUCUUGUAUCUGUCCAAAGGCUUGUUCUACAGGGUGGUACCAGCGGACCAAAACUUCGAGAAGCCAUAUUAUGGGAUGUUCCGUUUCCGACUGUGGUGGUGUGGUGAGUGGUUGGAGGUUCUAGUCGACGAUAGAUUACCAACGAUCAAUGGGAAGUUAGCAUUUCUUCAGGCACAGAACUCCAACUCAUUCUGGCCGGGAUUACUGGAGAAAGCCUAUGCCAAAUUACACGGGUCCUACGAAGCUUUAAAGUAUGGAACAUUGCUAGACGGCCUGGCGGAUCUCACCGGGGGUAUAACUGAAUCGAUACCAAUCAAAACCGACGGUAAUAUACUAAUACGACCACCGCUGCUUCAUUCCUUGUUGGAUACUACCAGUAUCGUGACGUGUACGGUUAACAAUGGCACGACGACACAGAUUCGUAAUCAAACCGAAGCCCUACCGAAUGGAUUACAUGUGGGGAUCAACUAUCGGUUAUGUUCGCUGGAUAAGGCUGAAACCCAGAUGGGAGAUACGGUACAGUUGGUACGGCUGCGAAACCCACUGGCACAAACCCUCAACAAAUCUGCCUGCUUCAACGGGGAUUGGUCCUCAUUCUCCAGUUCGUGGGAGCGAGUAACUAUGAAUGAACGAAACCGUCUCAUUGAACAGCUCGAUGUUGGUGAGUUCUGGAUGUCAUUCUUCGAUAUGACACAAACGUUCACUCAUUUGGAGUGUGUUCAUCUGGACUCCGAUACGGCCAGAGACGAACCCCAGCUAGCUGAUAAAAAUCGCCGGUGGUUGAUGCGUCUAUAUCAGGGUGCGUGGAAACGAGGUGUUACCGCAGGCGGUUGCCGCAAUAAUCCAGACUCAUUCCAUAUCAACCCUCAACUGCAGCUCUUUCUAAGCGAAAAAGAAGAUGUGAUAAUUUCGGUUAACCAACACAGCGUACUGGAGCCGAAAGUAAUCGGUUUUACAGUGUACAAUCUGAACAGUGUUCAAAGUAUCAAUGGUUGCCUUUCGAAAAACUUUUUCAAGAAGCACAAGAGUUUAGUAAACUCCCAGUACACAAAUUCAAGGCAGAUAAGUCAUCGUUGUACGUUGGAUUCUGGACGAUACCUAAUCAUGGCAACAACAUUCGAACCCGCCGAAGAAGCAUCUUUCAGUGUGAGAGUGCUGGGUGGUACGAUACGUUUGGCACUGUUGGAAACUCAGACAAUGCUGUUGCUUGAUCCGUUUCCGUUACUAAACUCUAAUGCCAAGGUUUCGAUGGAUUCGGCAAACAAUAACGUGUCGGCCACUACCAGCACUGCUCAGUACGAACCAGUGUUCAUGCAGUUGGCAGACGAUCAAAGGACCUUGAACUGUUUUGACCUGCAAGAACUAUUGGAAGCUUGUCUUCCAAACGACUACAUUCGAAGCUGUGCCAGUUUAGAGGUCUGUCGGCAGGUUGUUUGUUUAAUGGACAAAACUAAUCGAGGACGGAUCAAUUUUAAUGAUUUCAAUAAGUUUAUGGUAAACCUAAAGACCUGGUGGGGAGUGUUUAAAAUGCAUACCAAGGAGAAGUCAGGAAUUCUUAGAGCUGAACGAUUUCGUGAUGCGUUGUGUGAUGUCGGAUUUCAGCUAAGUACUGACAUCUUAUCGAUUCUGAUACUCAGAUACAUGCGAAGAGAUGGAACUUUGAGACUUUCAGACUUCAUUUCUGCCAUUCUUCACUUAACGAUGGCUUUCGAACUGUUCAAAGCUAAGGAUACUAAUCAAGAUGGUGUUAUCAGCAUGGGAAUGACGGAGUUCAUCAAAUCCGUUUUCAUGUGUUGACACCAUAAAUGUUGUAUAAACCUGCUCCAGAUACAACUCUUUACCAUCUUCCGAACCAUAUUUUAAACUCCAAAUUAUUAGUUCCAGAAUUUAUGCAUUUGCAUGAAUUGCGGCAUAUGUAAGAAACUAAUGUAGUUAGAAAACGAAUACCGUUAUUUAUGUUAAGUUUGCUACUGUGUACGUGUAAAUUACUUUGUUUAAUUUUGUUUUAAUCGAACAUCGAAACUAGCUGAGCAGGGAUCAUCCUCUUUGCAAACUAUGCUAGCACAAAUUUGCUCAUUAACAUUACUGAUUACGAUUGUUAUGUACACGAACAAGUUGAAAAGAAAUACACUCGAAAUUUAAGUAAACAA